AUGAGGAUCAUAACUUUCGUAAUCUCGUUCAAUUGUAUGGAUAUUAAAACCAUUAAGAGGAGACUUUUGGGAAGUAAUACUAAACAGGAAAAGUACACUUGCUACAAGCGUAGCAGCUCAAAUAUCUUGACUUGGAAAGACAGACUUCAAAUAGCAAUAGACGCUGCACAAGGAUUGGAGUAUCGGCACUACGGCUGUAAGCCACCAAUAAUCCACAGGGAUGUAAAAUUAACAAACAUUUUGCUGAAUGAAAAUUUCCAAGCCAAGCUAUCUGAUUUUGGACUAUCCAGAAGUGAUGACACUCAUAUAUCGACCGUCGUUGCUGGCACUCCCGGCUACCUCGACCCUGAGUACAACCUAUCAAACAGGUUGAACGAGAAAAGUGAUGUUUAUAGCUUCGAGGUUGUGCUGUUGGAGAUUAUUUCCUGUCGACCUGUUUACUCUUCAAGGGAACACGAAAGAAUUCACAUCAGUCGGUGGGUGAGCUCAAUGCUUGCAGAAGGAGACAUUUACGGCAUCGUUGAUCCAAGGUUGGGGAGACACUUCAACACGAACACUGUAUGGAAGGCUGUGGAGAUAGCAAUGGCAUGUGUAUCUCCAAAUGCUAUAAAAAGGCUAACCAUAAGUCAGGUGGUGGUGGAACUAAAGGAGAGUUUGGCAACAGAGAUUUCUGGAAUAAGGCAGAGCCAUGAAACUGAGUUAACAAAUUCCAUUGAGAUAAGGUCUGAUAGUUCGAUCUCUAUGCUAAAUCCCUCGGUUAGGUAG